CUACUCCAUACUAAUCGCUUCACCCUUGUUCCAUACUCCUUUAAAUAUUCACAAUGGGUCUUCUUGAUAUUGUUCCUGCUGGUGUUAUCACUGGUUCUGAUGUCCGCAAAGUAUUUGCCUAUGCUUCCGAGCACGGGUUUGCCAUCCCUGCCAUCAAUUGCACUUCUUCCUCGACUGUUAAUGCUGCUCUCGAGGCUGCUCGUGAUUCAAAGUCCCCUCUCAUCAUCCAGUUUUCCAACGGCGGUGCCGCUUACUUUGCCGGGAAGGGUAUCUCGAACAAGGACGAGAAGGCUUCAAUCCUUGGAGCCAUUGCUGGAGCUCAUCAUGUCCGCCAUGUCGCAAAGGCCUAUGGUGUCCCCGUGAUUUUGCACUCUGAUCAUUGUGCCAAGAAGCUCCUUCCUUGGUUCGACGGCAUGUUGGCUGCUGACGAGGAGUACUUUGCAAAGCAUGGCGAGCCUCUCUUCUCAUCCCACAUGCUCGAUCUUUCUGAGGAGAGCAAAGAGGAAAACAUUGCAACCUGUGUUAAAUACCUUGAAAGGAUGGCCAAGAUCAACUGUCACCUUGAGAUGGAGAUUGGCAUCACUGGGGGUGAGGAGGACGGCGUUGAUAACUCUGAUGUCGAUAAUGCUGCGCUCUACACUCAACCUGAGGAUAUCCUUGAAAUCUACAAUGCCUUCUCAAAGAUCACAGACUUGUUCUCAAUCGCUGCAGGCUUUGGUAACGUCCAUGGGGUUUAUAGUCCCGGCAACGUAAAGCUUCAUCCUGAGCUCCUUGGCAAGCAUCAGGCAUAUGUGAAGGAACAGCUUAAGCUGGAAACUGAUAAGCCCGUUUGGUUUGUCUUCCAUGGAGGCUCGGGCUCGACCGAGCAAGAAAUCAAGACUGCAGUCAAGUUUGGUGUUGUCAAGAUGAACGUUGAUACGGACACUCAAUGGGCAUACUGGAAAGGUAUCAGAGACUUUUAUGAGGCCAAGAAGGGCUACCUUCAGGCUCAGGUCGGAAACCCCGAGGGCCCUAACAAACCCAAUAAGAAAUUCUAUGACCCCCGUGUCUGGGUCCGUGAAGGUGAAAAGACCAUGUCCGAGCGCGUCAAGGAAGCUAAUCAGGAUCUAGGCAAUGUCAACCGCUUAUAAAUAAAUAAAAAAUAAAGUCUUUGUUGUUUUUUUUUAUGCAGAAGUUUACCUCCCCUGAUUUGCUACCACUAGGGCAUUUUGGUAUGUUAAAAAAGCCAAACUGAAAUAUGUGCAUUAACAAAGCAAGGCGGGAAAGUAUGGCUCAAAAAGGUCAUGCUGGCCAAUGUCUUGUGCUCUAAAGCUACAUGCCAUACGCUUACGAGCGCAGAACUGUUAGGGGUUAUAGUAACGAUUUGAAAACGUGUAUAUUCGUGAGCAUCAAUUGGCUUUUUUUUUUU